GGCUGGGGCCGCGCAAUGGUCCGCCGGCACGAUCGACUGUCUGUCAUUCAGUCGGCCGACUCGGUCCCCCAUUCCGAUUCCAUCUCGACUCAGUCGUCCGACGUACGCAACGCAAGUGUGGUCGCGUCCCAAUCGCAGGUCGCAACCGAUCCUCACGUUCAAACCCGUCCGAGAGAAAUUUUUGCGGGCACGUCCUCGCCACCGGAAACCGACCGCCUGAAAACCGCCGCCGCAGGCACCGCCAUGAGCAGCGGCCUGGACGUGUUGAGCGGCUCCCUGCGGGUGCGUAACAGCACCACCGCCUCCGUGGGCCAGUGCCGCAAUCUGAACUGCAAGGUGGUCAGCGAGGUGAAGUCCUGUCCCAGUGUCAUGUCGCCGGAGACGAAGCGACUGCUGCCCCCGAACACCGAAACGGUCCAGACGAAGCCGUUCCCGAUACGUGGUGAAAGAGCAAACUAUGUCAACAGUCCUCAUGUCAUCGCGAUGGUGGGUCUCCCUGCCAGGGGGAAGACCUACAUUUCGAAGAAACUGUCCCGAUACUUGAACUGGAUCGGCAUCAACACCAGAGUGUUUAAUCUGGGCGAAUACCGCCGACAUGCCACGACCGCCUACAAGAACCACGAGUUCUUCCGUCCGGACAACCAGGAGGCGAUGGCUAUUAGGGCGCAGUGUGCCAUCGAGGCGCUACACGACGUGUGCCAGUGGUUGGAGAACGGCGGCGAGGUGGCCGUCUUCGACGCCACUAAUUCAACCAUGGACCGCAGGAAGGUCAUCCACGACUUCGUCGUCAACAAGAUGGGCUUCAAGUUGUUCUUCGUCGAGUCGGUGUGCGAUGAUCCACAGGUAAAAAGUAUCAUCGAACAAAAUAUAAUGGAAGUCAAAGUGAGCAGUCCGGACUACACGAACAUGAACAAGGACGCAGCUUUGGCCGAUUUCCUCCAAAGGAUACAGCACUACCAAGAGAAGUACAAUCCCUUGGACGAAGAGAAAGAGAAGGACGUGUCCUUCAUGAAGAUCUACAACACGGGGGAAAAGGUGGUGGUCCACAAACACGAGGGUCACGUCCAAGCCCGCAUCGUUUACUAUCUCAUGAACAUUCACAUCACCCCCAGAACCAUUUACCUCACCAGACACGGUGAGAGCGAACAAAAUUUAUUGGGCAGAAUUGGUGGCGACUCGAACCUGAGCGAGAGAGGACGGCAAUACGCAAACGCCUUGUCCAACUACAUCCACGAACAGCACAUGGACGGAUUGAGGAUAUGGACAUCCUGGCUGAAAAGAACCAUCCAAACAGUCUCUGGUCUGAACGUCCCACAGGAAAGAUGGAAGGCUCUCAACGAAAUAGACGCUGGCGUUUGUGAGGAGAUGACCUAUGAGGAGAUCAAGGAAAAGUAUCCGGAUGAGUUCGCGUCUCGCGACUUGAACAAGUUCGCCUACAGGUACCCCAGGGGAGAGAGCUACGAGGACUUGGUGGCCAGGCUGGAACCUGUGAUAAUGGAACUCGAAAGACAGGGCAACGUUUUGGUGGUGUCGCACCAGGCUGUCAUAAGGUGUUUGCUCGCCUAUUUCCUUGACAAAUCAGCAGAUGAGCUUCCGUAUCUCCAAGUGCCACUCCACACAAUAAUAAAGCUAACUCCAGUCGCGUACGGUUGCAGAGUGGAACACAUCAAGUUGCCGAUUGAGGCGGUGGACACGCACCGUCCCAAACCAAAGGAGCCAGGACAUAUUUCUUCACCUCAAAAUGAAAGUAACAAUAACAACUAGACACUUUUCAAAAUUUUUAUUUGUAUUGGCCAGUUGUCGGUUUUGUUUUUUUAGAUUUUUUUAUGAACACAAACACACUGUUAAUUAUGAGGCAGAUGGUUUAACUACACAAGCAGCAAUCAUUGUUUUAUCCGCCCUAAAUUACUAAUAAUAAUAUAUUGACACUAAUAUUACAGUUUUAUUACAUUCAAUUAAAUAUUGAAUUCUCGAAUAAUAAUAUAAAUAAAAAAUUUAAUAAAAUAAAUUUAAAAAAAUGUAUAUACACUAUUUACACAGUUUUAAAAACUAAAAACAAAUUUUACACGCUCUCUAAUCUGAUACUACUAAUAUUGGCUAUUAUUAUUGUGCUACAUGUGUACUUAAACCUUCUCGAAUAAUCACUGGUGACGGAAACACAUUUUUUUGUUCUUUUUCUCACUAUGAGUUUUUCUAGUGUAGAUAUUGUAGAUAUUAGUGCAUGAGGCUUGAGCAUCAGUUUGGAUGUUGUGUAUCUUGCCAAUACUUUUCAUAUUGAAAAGCCAAACUUUAGCAAUAGAAAUUUUGUUUAACACAAAAGAUUAUAUGUUCUGCUGUAUUUAUAUUUGCUAGAUAAUUUAGAUUACAAGCAAAACUUAAUGGUUGUAUAGUUUUAAUAAGUUGACUUUCUACCUGUUAAAUGUUACUAAACUCUUCCAAAUAGCUCACUAAACCAACAACAGUCAAAAGUAAGCCAAACUCCCUUAGUGUUUUCGUAACUAAUACUUUUAGCUGUUGUUACCAAAACAACUUUGUCCUAGACUAGCAUAAGUAAUUUAAAAUAAUGUUUUAAGGUUCCUGGUGAACUGGAGGAACGAUUCAAGUAUAAAAAUAUCAAGUCGAAUUCGACUUGAAGCCAAGUAUGCCAGAUUGACUGAUACAGGGUGCCUAAAAAUCGUUAUUUUCUAAAACAAAUAAAAUGAUCUUCGAUGUGAUGUAUGCCUAUUCGAUUUUAGCCGUAAGAACACAUAUGUUAAAUGGGUGUAGCUAAUACAAAAUAAAAGUCAAAAAUGUUUUUUGGAACCAAUCCGUGUGUAUUAUACGAUACGCGCCUAUUUUUCUUUCGACGUGUGUAAUAUUUAUAUUAUUCAAUAUAUGUGAUGGGGGCAAAUGUAAAACGUGAUUCAAACGAGCUGAUCAAAUGUUACGUCGUACCGAAUUAUUAUGUUUUUAAAUUUGACCCCUACUUGGUGUAGAUGUAAUUUUACAAUUUUAGCUCUUUAUUAUAUUAUCCAAGGUAUAUUGUAUAUAUUAUAUAUGUUAAAUAAAGGAAUCUAUUUUAUUUUCUAA